AUACAUACAUACAAAAUUGUCAUUAUUUGUGCUCACUCGUAGUUUUCACUUUACGUCCAUUGAAGGAGGUCAGACUUUCUCAAUAUAUGGAUUUGAGAAGAACAAGAGAUGUUGUGGUGAAUCAGCGGAAUGCUCCUCUGUGUUGAUUGCAGAAGCUUGUCCUGCAGUAUGGAUGGUAACCACAAGGGGUUGCCACACAACUACUGUUCGAAUUUUUGAUGGGAUACAAAGGUCUUCAUGGUUUAAUGUGUCCUGGUGAUUGUUGACACAGCCCCAGAUCGUGGAGGCUUGAGCAUCAUAAUGACCAAUGGAAUUGACCUUAGAGGUAAUGUCAGUUAGGUUAACAAACUUUCAUGAACCAGUGAUCACAGUUGCUAGUAGCAACGAUAGCCUCCACUCUACUACUGUAACCAGACCUAUCCAGCAACUAUCACAAAGCAAAGUGCCAGUCUGAUUCGAAUUACACAAUAGCUUACCGUACUGUCACUGCCCCGUUCUAUAGAGUUUGAGCAUUAAUUAUAAUAGAUUUCUGUUGUUAAAAAGUGGGGGGACGUGUUCCAUUCAUGUAUAAUGAAACCUACACCCCUGAUUGAAAAGCAAUCACAGUGAAAUGGUGAGAGUGAAUAAAGCAAUUAAGAAGUCAGUAGUGAGUGUGAAUGAACACUCAUCGCAGCUUUGGAAAGAAUGGGCAAACACUGUACGCAAUGGGGAUGAACUGACUCGCCCGAAGAGAAAACGGACCUGAAGUUACUGAUCAACGGGAGGUCGAGAACAGCCUUGAGUGAUUAGCUGCUAGAAGAUAUAUGCGUACUGUUAUUUGAAUUUUCUUUUUAGUUACUUUUUUUUACUUAGCUAUUUUUUUAUUAUUUCGAUUUUGGUAAUGAAAAUGAUUUUGCCAUAACCACAAAUACCAAUUCAUCGGAAGUAAGUCGGACAAUAAUUUUCAAUAAGACAGCUUAAAGGAACCUUUACUCAUAGAUCCACAAUAAAUGUUUCCGGUCAUCAAACCGAAUUCACAUAAUAAUGUAGAAACCAAGACCUACCGUUGAUUAACGACCACGUCCGGAAGUUGAUUGAUUGACGGUCACGCGCCUCAGGGUGAGCUAGCGAAGUAUAACUGAGUCAGUGUUUUCCUGAACGCCGUGCUGCUGUCUUUAAACUCAAGGUCCAGUGUGACCUGGGAUCUUCCGAAGACAACCUGUGUGGCCUGUAGGACUUCAUUCCCGCCUCCCUGUGGAUCUGCAACAAAUAUCUUGUCUCCCAUCUCCCUCAGCUGAAAACCUCAGGAUGCUAAUGGAGACUCCCAUGGCCGCGGCCUCUCUCCCCCCUCCUUCUCCUCUGACCCCUGACCCCUGUCAUCCCCCUGAAAACACACAGGGGUUGUCUCCCUACCUCACCCCUCCGCCUCCCCCUCCUCCCCCACCCCCUCCUCUCCCUGAAGGCUGUGAUGCCUUCUCCCGUAGCGUGCUCCGGCGUUCCAAGAUGAGGAACUUCAACUGGGAUGCGAUCCCGUGCCAGUCGGUCCUGGGGAAGAGGAAUGUGUGGACGUCUCUGGGUCAGCGACCCCUGGAGCACUUUGAGUUGGACACCCAGAGAAUCGAGGAGAUGUUCAGCCGCUCCGACACCCAGCCACGCAUCCGGAAGACCGGGCUUGUCAAGAAGGCCAUUGGGGACCUGCCCCCCGCGACUCUGCCAACUCAGGGGGUGUCAAUCCUCAACUCUAAGAAGAGUAUGAACGUUGGGAUCUUUCUGAAGCAGUUCAAAAGGCCUGUUAAGGACAUUGUAGAUGACAUCACAAGGGGGAACUGGCUGAGAUUCGGGGCAGGGAAACUCCAGGAGCUCUGUAAACUCCUCCCGGAGGAAGAAGAGGUAAAGAGGCUCCUCUUGUUCAGUGGAGACCUGAGCAGGUUGUCUGAGCCGGACCUCUUCAUGGUGCUGCUGGUCAAAGUACCGGGCUAUGAGGAGCGUCUGAGGAGUCUGUUGUUGAGAGAAGAGUUCCUCCCCCUGAUGGACCAUAUGAAACAUUCCAUCACUGUCCUGAUUAAGGGAGCCAACGAGCUGUUAAACUGUGAGGACCUCCACUCUAUUAUCCGCCUGGUUUUGAAGGCUGGCAACUACCUGAAUGCUGGGGGGUAUGCAGGCAGUGCCAUUGGUUUCAGGAUGACAUCUCUACUGAAGCUGGCAGACACCAAGGCCAACAAACCUGGCAUGAACCUCAUGCACUAUGUUGCCAUGCAGGCCCAGGAGAUUGACAUGGCUUUGUUGAACUUCCCUGUGCAGCUUGAACACAUUGGGAUGGCUGCAAGGGUGAAGAAGCAGGAGGUGGAGUCAGACUUUCAAAGGCAGGUGGAAAAGGUCAAGAAAGCCAAGAUGGAUGCCAAGAGACACCCUGAUCUACUUUUGCAGAUGCAGACAUUCCUCAUGAGGGCCGAAGCAAGGCUGGCUGACCUCCAGGUCUGUCUGAUGGAACUCAACUCCCUGAAUCAGGCUGUUGCUGAGUACUUCUGUGAAGAGCCAACCACCUUUCAGCUGGAAGAAUGCUGCGCCAUCUUCCACUCCUUCUGUGAGCGCUUCAGAAGGGCUGUUCAGGAAAACCAUGAGCGGGAGGCGGUUGAGCUGAGGCUCCGGCUCAGAAAGAGUUUCCAAAAAGCGGCCAAGCCUCUGUCCGCAGGUGGUCUGGAGGCCAGCGAUACUGGGUCCGGGUCCAGCCUGGAGUCGGUCCUCCACAGCUUCCUGAACACUUCGCGCCUCAGGGGGCCCCGGGGUUCAACCCGACGCAGACCACCCCACCCAUUCCCCCUGCCUCCCGGGAUAUUGUCCCCUGUCAGGGCCUCCCCCUCCCCACAGACAGACUCCCCACAGACAGACUCCCCACAGACAGACUCCCCACAGACAGACUCCCCACAGACAGACUCCCUGGCAGACGAGCCAGAAGAUGGAGGAAGACCAGGGCCUAGCCGGGACACCAUCCCAGGAGGGGGUACCCCGGGUGGGGAGGAUGAUGGGUUGACACCCCGGUGGGACAGGGAGAACCUGGGGCAGGCAGAGGAGACGAGAGGGGAGUGCUGGCCCUGUGAGCUGGGUAGCUCUGCUGCUGAGGUGGAGCGAGUGGAUGGGGGGAUGGACCUGGGGAAGGACGAGCAGCACAGAUCCCGUCUGGACUUGCCUUUGGAGAAUGGUGAAGACAACUACGAGGAUGAGGAGGUGGAAAAAGAGGGCAAGACGGUUACCCCUGAGGACCAGAGGUCAAGGGUGGGCUCAAAGACACCCUUAUCCAUCAACCAAACACAGAGCCCUCAGAGCUUUGGCUGUCACAGCCUGUCCCCUCUACUACACACACACCCCACUCAGAGGGAGGAGAGGAGAGGGGAGGUGGAGGAGAGGGAGAUGAGAAUGGCUGAAGAUGCCGAGGAGAGCAUUGAGAAUGUUGGGAGGAGAGAGGGUGAGGAGGAGAAGGACGAGGAGGUGCGAAGGAUGUGUGAAUUGUCCAGGAAGGUCAUUCACUACCAGACCAGCCGAGGCAGGUUAUCCGAUGACCAAACUGAAUUUCCAGAGGGGGAUGGCACCUCCCCUUGCCCCCUCCCCCAACCCUCCACCCCUUGCUCCAGAAGGAUGAGACAGGUUGACCUGGCUCUCUGGCACAGCCCUCGCCCCGCCCCCCAGCCCUCCACCCCAGGCAGCAGGGGCAUGACACAGGUAGACCUGGCUGGCUGUAACCUGGGGUCCCCCUGGGUCAUCCUCAGUCCUCACUCAACACCCCUAAACCACAGCCGACGCCGACACUCGUUUUCCGCCCCCAGUGAAGACUGUGGCCUUGAUGACGACGUCUGGUUGUUACCCCCCACCCCAACUCGAUUUUCUUCCCCCACUCACCCCUCCACUGCCGCCUGCUCUCAUCUGCUCCUGCCGGGUGAGGCGAGGGCUCUGCUGAGACCCCCUGGAAACACAGAACUCCAGGGUAGGAGGCCCUGGUCCCUGCCUGACUGCCCCAGUAGAAUAGCUCUGUCCCAUGGCCCCGCACUUCGGCCUCUCUGCCUGGAUGAGACGGAAGGGAGCCGUGUUACGGGAUUCAGCUUCCGCCUGGGGGAGCUGAUCCAGAAACACAGCUCCCUGAGGCUGUGGGCCGGAGGUGACUCGGAUGGUACCGCUGAGGACCGGGGACCCGUGGAGAGACACAACAGUAACUCCGGGAUCGUGUCUUUCUUCAGACGCUUCGGGGAGUGGAAACGAGACAGCUUGGAGGAACUGUACUCUGGAGGGAAAUGCACUUAACCAGUGACAGAGGGAAGACAAGGCGAGUGGGGAGUGAGGGUAGAGAUGAACAGGGAGGUUUAGUCUUUUUAAAAUGUCUGUGAUGUUGACAUUGUUAUUUAAAUGCAUUUCAUUUAAAGUGAGCUACUCCUUUUUAAGAGAGUAUGACAGCUCUUUUAAU